UCUUGAGUCUAGGACCAAAAUUUGGUGUAGCUCCCCUUCCUGUUACAGACAUACCAAUCAAGAAUAUUGUAGCGGAUGUAGAGAACAUAAUCAACUUGGCUCCUAUCACCAGGCAGAAUAUCUUGUGAGCUAAAUGCACUAAUGCUAUAACCAACUUCGUGCACAAUUCACAGAUGGCACAUAACUUUGAACACUACCUUUUGACCAAUGCUAGAAGAUUUGUCAAGACACAUGGUGACUUGGUUAUCACUCCUGCUGACAAAGGUAACAUCACAGUAGUACUUUCCACAGAACAAUAUGAACAAAAAAUGAACCAGCUUUUACAAGACUCGUCAGUUUACAAACAAUUGAGGAAAGACCAUACAAAUGAAUUUCAAUGUAGAAACAACAAAAUUGUCAAACAACUGAAAGACAAAGAUUUUAUUGAUGCUUCCAUGGCCAGAAAAUUAACCACCUAUAAAGCGAUUCCACCAAGAAAAUAUGGACUUCCUAAAGUACACAAAGCAGACAUCCCAUUGAGGCCCAUCGUCUCCACAAUUGGCUCAGCGUCAGUUGAACUCAGUCAGUUUAUGACACAGAUUCUCACAGAAGCAUUCUCAGAUUUCCAUGAUGAUACCAUAGCUCACUCUUUCCAAUUUGCUUCCAAAAUUAAUAAGUUUAUAUUACCCCAAGGGUAUAAACUCAUUUCCUUAGAUGCUGUCAGUUUAUUCACGAAUAUUUCACUAGAGCUAGUUAUACAAAUUAUCCAGCAGGAAUGGUCCAGAGUAAGUCAGGUCACAACCAUAGAUAUAUCACUUUUUCUAAUAAUCAUAAAGUUUUUAUUUGAGUCCAGCUAUUUUGUUUUCAAGGGCUCCUUCAUUUUACAAAUCUUUGGUUGUGCAAUGGGGAGUAAAAUCAGUCCCAUUUUGGCUAAUAUAGUCAUGUCAGUGCUUUUGAAAUAUUGCAUUCCUCUACUGCCCUUCCAGGUGCCGAUUACCUAUCAAUACGUUGAUGACCUUCUCCUUGCUAUUCCCGAAGACAGGACUGCUACGACUUUGGCCGUUUUCAAUAACUACGACCCACACAUUAAGUUUACUGCAGAAGAAGAAACUGAAAAUGGUGUCCAAUUCCUUGACACCAAAGCUAUCAGAUGUGCAGAAUUAAGAAAAUCUGCCAUCCAGACUUUCUUCAUAACAGUGAAGAAAAGUUGCUUAAGAUCUUUGAGAACAAUGGUUACCCCAGGAUGUUUUUGAACAGAUGUCUGCUUUCUCUAACUUCUAACCAAAUCGACGAAGUCCCACAGAUAAGAACAUCGACAUUAGUCGACCCUGCCACACAUGACAAAUAUGCAUGCCUGCCCCUCAUUCCACCAUUAACAGGUAAAUUGACCAAAAUUUUAAAAGAAAUUGAGAACAUAAAAAUUGCGAAGUACAAUCCUUUAGUAGUAGGCGUUCUUUUCAGCCAAACUAAAGAUAAG